UGUAUGGUAUCGCGGGAGGUUUUUCCUCGUCGUCGUUGUCGUCGUAUGCGCUGAGGUGAGGUGAGCAAAAGAGGAAGAAGGGGGCCAACAAAAGCCGGGGGCCUGGACAGGAACGGGGUGGUUGUCUCAGAAAGUCGGCCAAUUACAAUCGACACAAAAAAUAAAAUUGGGGCUCCACGUCACGCGAGCCGUCAACCCGCUCGCUAACCAUCAGCCUUACAAUAGCGAUAACGGGGACUAACCACUCAUCACAAGCCACGCCCGUUGCAUUGGUAAAUACCACCAAGUAAAUACAACCGGUAACCACGCCGUCGGUUGCCCCGUCUCUCUCUCCCUUCGCUGGUCAAGAGCCUCCAAUUGGUCAACAUCACGCACUGCACCAGGUGGACAACUGUCAAUUCUACAGAAACAUCACACCUCGGUUCGGCAACCCGCGACGUCAUGGACGACACGCUGGACAAGACAACGCUGUCGACGAUUGAGCUGCUCGAAGCUCGUCUGUUGCGCAUUGAGCACAUUCUCUACGGCCCCACGACAGCUUCAGCCCAACCACCAUCCGAGUCAGCUUCCACGUCUCUGGCUGAGCUCGAACAGCGGUUUUCUCUCCUGCUUCGACACAUGCGUGUUUACGCCGAGAUCCUCAAGAUCUACAAAUACCAGCCCUCUUUCUUCCAACCACCACCGUCCAAUCCCAAUGCUCCUUCAGAAAACACACCACCGGUCGAUCUAUCCCCGGAAGCGGUUCGAGCGACUGUGCUAUCGUAUGCAUCUCAGUUCCCGUCAACAGCGUCAGCCCUGACUGCAGUGACAUCCGACACGCCCAUCCCCGACGCGAAACUGAGUGCCGAGCUGGCCUCCUUACUGCCCAAGAUGAAGGGUAUUCAAGCAACACAGAUGGCGCAGGAGGCUGAGAUCGCUGAGCUGCGGGCAAGGAGCGAACGAGUAGUCAAGGCAUGGUAUGAAGGGGGCGUUUUGAGGUACGGCCGCUUCGUGGCUAAUCACGAGGGGAGAUUGGAAAAGGUGGAAAGAGGUCUGCGGAGGAUCGAGAAGGAACGGGAGGAACCGCCGCUUUGAACUUGACGACAUUAUCAUCAGGACUGGAACGAAACGGCGAUCGAUUUCGGCAUGACUUUGAAGGGAUGGGGAAACACCAUGGCGAUGGGCGCUUGACCCGUUUGGCUAUGUCCAUGGUUUUCUGGCUAAGUGCUAGGGUAUAUUUGGCACAAUGGACAUAAGAAUCGCAGGGGGCUAGUAACACCGCGGCCACAAGGCUGGGGUAUAUGGACAUGGCAGCGGACCUGGAUUGGAUGAAGAGAGGCGCCGAUGAUAUCUCCCAGCAGCUGUAGUCGGAGCAAGAAGCCUACUUUUGGGGAAGAAAGAUGUUGUGACGGGGCCCUGCUGUGUCACCCGACAAGUCUCAGUUCCCCAGCCGGCAUUCGCACUCUCCGUGUUUCAAAACCGCCAUUUCAAGCCGCGAUCACGCAUUUGCCGCGUUACACCUACACCGAAGAUCAAGCAAGAGAGUGGCAUAGCCAGCGCCUAAGAGGUAGACGCUUUUGUAUUUACUUUUUAUACCGUCACGAAUUGGACGUCGGUCCGAGAGAGUUCUCCAGGCAGUUUUGCCGGGGUUGUCUUGUGGGGCACGCGCCGACGUUCUGGAAGGGCCAUGGAUAUGGAAAAGGCGGCCGGGCAGUAUGACCGACUCGCUGACUUGGCCAGCGUGGGGAAGGUCGUGAUAUCGAAAGCCGGUUGGUUACAAUAUCGACGCCGGUUGGCAACCUGGGCCGCAGGCCGGCAACCCUUCCGGGCCCGACCAUGCAAACUCCAUCUGAUGUUCAGCCUGGGCACCAAAAACUUCAGCAAGGGAGGAGCUGGACGCGGUGUUGGGACCCUCCUGGACUCGUUUGUGCUUGCUGUGCGAUUAUGCCAAUUGCAGCAAGCGGAUGGCGGUGUAGGUCGAGACUUGCCAUGCGGGCCACUAGUAAUUAAUCAACGGAAAGAAUUGCCUGAUCAUGACUAUCUAGGAUUUGAUGCUACACUCUGUGCCUGUUGAAAAGCCGGAAUCUCUCAGGAUUUGCUGAU